AUGUCCGGUAUGCUGACGCCUCACACUUCCCGUACCGGGCGCGGUAAUGUACGUAUCCCGGAGGCCGACACGCCCCAGAACGACCGCACGCACGGAAGCCCGCACGAUGAAACUUUCACUACGCGAAAACUAACUCUAACGGAAACGCCGAUAUCUCACACACAGAUCGGUAGACGCGAUACUCAUAAACGUUACAAAAACAUCAUUAUCACUGGCGACUUGAACUGUAAUCUUCUUGCUUCCGCAUAUGAAUCAAAUCACUUAAGGGACACAGUAUCACAAUUGUCGCUGAAUAUUGUUGAGUCGCAAUCGACUUACCAUACCAGUUCUUCUAGCUCAUGGUUAGAUGUUUUUGUAGUCGACAACUUUGACAAGGUUUCAUCAUUUCGCAAGUCCGACGCUCCCUUCAUCAAUGGUCAUGAUCUUAUCGAAUUAACUUACUCAUUCAUUGUUCCGUCCUACGCAAAACGUACUUUGAUUCGACGUUCCUACAGGGAAUUCGAUAAGCAGGGGUUUAUUGAAAGUCUCACCUCUAAACUGUCUUCAUCCUUUCCGCAAGAUUUUGGCCACACGAGUCCUGAUGAGUUGGAUAUCGAGGAUUUCCUAAGUACUAUUACUAAUGACAUCACCACCAGCUUGGAUUCAUUUGCUCCUAUCCAUACCUUUUGCGUAACCCGUCCGCCAGCGCCUUGGCUCACCGGCGAUCUUGUUCGUGAAAUUCGGCAUCGCAACCGGCUCUACAAAGCCGCGCGUAGAUCAGGUAAUGUCCUCAAUUUCCACAUUUACAGGCUCUUCAGGAAUAAUCUCACGGUGGAGUUGAGAAAGGCCAGAGAGCAAUAUCAUUUGGGGAAGUUGAGCACUAUUUCUGAUCCGUCUAAGAUAUGGCGUGAACUCACCAAUCUGGGUCUAAUCGAGUCGCCUCUUCCUUCACCUCUUAAUUUUUUCUCUCGUGAUCUUUUGAAUGCCCACUACGCCUUUAUCUCAAACUGUUACCCUCCUUGUUCACAAUCUCAGUUUUCCGAUAUCAUUCUUUCCACUGUACCUGAAGAACCACAUUUCUGUUUCUCUCAUAUAUCGCACGACAAUCUAUGCUCUCUAAUGGUUUCAACAUCGUCUGCUUCUUUUGCCUCUGGCCAUGAUCAACUACCACUGUUCGCUAUUGCUUUGGCUUUGCCCCACAUUGGUAAUCUCUUGACCUCAUUUUUCAAUUGCUGUCUUGAUCUAGGUUACUUUCCGUCUUCUUGGAAGCAAGCCAUAGUGCGCCCGCUGUCUAAAGUCAAGUCGCCUACCUCUCCUUCGGAUACGCGACCUAUAGCCAACUUGUGUGAAUUUUCUAAGUUGUUUGAAAGGAUCAUGCACCGACAAAUCUUGGACCAUAUCAAUUCCCAUAAUAUUCUAGAUGAUCGUCAAUCUGGUUAUCGCAAGGGUUACUCUACCCAGUCUGCCCUUCUAAGACUAUCUCAUGACAUUAGGAGUGGUGUUGAUGUGGGUGAGGUUUUGAUUCUGGUCCUUUUCGACUUCAGCAAAGCUUUUGACACUGUAUCCCACUUUCUGCUACUAACCAAACUCAGGAAAUUGGGGUUCUCUGACUUAGCUCUCAAGCUAAUUUUCUCGUACCUCUCAGGUCGCUCUCAAGCGGUUGUUGACCUUGAGGGUGUUUUCUCCGACUGGCUAUCCGUCACUGCUGGUGUUCCGCAAGGAUCCGUACUUGGACCGCUCCUCUUUUCUCUGUUUAUCAAUGAUAUAGGUGCCUUUCUAAGGUUUACUGAGCAUUUGAUUUUUGCUGAUGACACCCAAAUUUAUCGCAAGUGCCUCUUUAGCCAGCUGAGUAUUGCCUUGCAGCUCGUGGCACAUGACGUAGGUGUUAUCUCUGAGUAUGCCACUGUGAACGGAUUGUCUCUCAAUUUCAAGAAAUCCAAGGUCUUAAUACUAGGCAGCAGGGGCUACGUGGAGCAAUUGAAUCUCAAAGACCUGCCCCUUAUUUCAGUCAAUGGCACCUCCAUUCCGUACGUUGACGAGGCAAGAAACUUGGGAGUCAUCAUGAGCUCAGAUCUUUCUUGGAAAAGCCACGUCUCCCAUAUUUCUAGGAGGGUACACUUCACAUUGCACAAGCUGAAAUUUCAUAAGAACUCUUUGUCAUUUCAGCUGCGCGUAAAACUCGUGUCUGCAUUGGUACGGCCUCUAUUGGACUAUUGCUCUCUUGUCUACAACGAUGUCACCGAUGAGCUUAAUACUAAACUGCAAAGACUUAUAAAUUGUGCAAUACGGUUCAUUUUUAAUUUGAGACGCGAUGAACAUAUCACGCCUUAUCGACAUCAAUUGGGGUGGCUGUCUGUGAGAAACAGACGCUUGUACUUCCUUGGUGUUGAAAUGUAUAGAAUAUCGAGGGAUUUGUCUCCAAGCUAUAUCUUGGAUAUUUUUGCAAAAGCUGAUCCCUCGAUUAAGCGUUCGUCACGACCUCGCACUUCUGCAGCUUCAAUGGUUUGUGAUAUAGAGCCUUCUGCAGAAAGUCAGACACUUCCAAAUGUUCAAAACUCCGUUGCAGGAGAAAAUGUACACCAAGACCUUGAUGCACUCCUUGAACCUGGCACUUCUGCAGCUUCAACGGUUUGUGAUAGAGAGAUUGUGAUAAAAAUUUACUCCAAGAAUUUGAUGCAAUCUAUGGACCUAGCACUUCUGCAGAAAGUCAGACACUUCCAAAUGUUCAAAACCCCGCUUCAGCUUCAACGGGAAAUGUUGAUGAUGUAA